AUGGCUGAACCGGAGACCUUCCGGGUGCGACUCAACUGCAUCGACCACUACCAGAGCCCUCCGUCCGCUCUCGAUCCACCACUAUGGGGCGUGUCAACCUACUCCUCAACCCAGCGAGGCACCCUUCCCAAUGUACCAGUCAUUCGCAUCUUCGGCGCAACAGAAACGGGCCAGAAAGUCUGCAUGCACGUCCACGGCGCAUUCCCCUACCUCUUCGUUCCAUACACCGAGUCGCUAGAGCAAGACGCGGUAGAAGCGCAAAUCAGGGAUAUGAGACUAUCAAUCGACCAUGCGCUCGCGCUUUCAUACCGCAGGAACCCGUACGCUGAGCCCAAGUCCGCGCAGUUCGUCGCACACAUCAGCCUGGUCAAAGGCGUGCCGUUCUUCGGGUACAAUGUUGGAUACAAGUACUAUCUCAAGAUCUACCUUCUAAAUCCGUCACACAUGACGAGGUUCUCGGAUCUGCUGCAGCAAGGAGCGAUAUUGCAAAGGCAUUUCCAACCGUAUGAGGCGCAUCUGCAGUAUCUGCUACAGUGGAUGUGCGAUUUCAACUUGUACGGGUGCGCGUACGUGGAGACGAAGAAGCCGUACUUCCGGCUGCCGGUACCGUCGGCAGAGGAGCUGGAUGAGCUGGGAGGGUGCAGUCACCUCUGGCACGAACAGUCGAUCGAUCGAAGUCAGAUGCUGGAUGAGCAGCACUUCCAACGCCAAAGCCAUUGUCAGCUCGAGCUCGAUAUUAAAGUUGGUGACAUCCUGAACAGACACGAAGUACAGCCGCGCGAUCUACACCAGUCGUUCGUCGAGCGGCUGUCCUCGCUGGAGAAUUUGCCGCCGGAAGAGAAACUCGUGCAAUCGAUGGCUGGACUGUGGAAGGACGAAACGAAGCGGCGGAAACGACGGAUGGGGCUGUCCGAUCCCUCGUCUUCGCCUUUCCCGCCGGAAGUGCUGGUCAGUAUGAGCGCUGAUCCGCGGAAUGAUAGCAAAGGCGGGUGGAUUCAUGAGGCUGAGUUUCGGGAGAUGGUUGACGAGCUUGCCAAGCAGGAGAACAAGGCGCGCGGCGGCAAGGCGGCGACAUUUGAGUCUUUUCUGUCGCAGAAGGACGCGGAUGAUGGGGUGCAAACGGUGUUUGAGAGUAUUGAGGAGCUGUUUGGGGACAAGUUUGGCAUCCGCAGGGGGUUAAAGGCUAAUGCGGAUGGUGGAGAGGAAUUUGACCAGGCGACUGCUGAGCUCAAUGGUUGGCAUGACCAUCCCGCUGCUCCUACAGCUCAAGCACCUCUGGUUGACGAACACAGCAUUGCCCAAGUGAGGGAUGACGAUGAUUACGGCAGUGACGAAGAAGUCGCCAGAGACAAGGCUCUGACACAACAGCAGAAGCUUAGGGAUGCUGGUGUUGAUGGUGCUGUUGGCGAAGGAAAGAUCGAAGGCGGCUCAUCAGAUAUCGAAGCACGAGCUGAGAAAGUUGAAGAAGGUGCCGAUGUGCCUUCGGAAACUGUCCGUGCUGCAGAGCAUGGCUCCCUGAAGCGCCCGGCGGCAACAGCAAGCCAGGGUCCGUUCAAGCGGGUGAAAUUCGACCCAGAACCGGAGAGCGCACAGCCAAAUCGUGCGCCAUUCAGGGUCAAGGACGUCAGGCCAGCGAAGCCCGCCAAAGCAUACAGCGGGACUCCCAACGGGCACCAGCCUCCUCCCGGAGCUCAGCCAGCAAAUGAAUCAAAUGCAGAAUUUUUGGCUGCCGUACCUUCCGGACAGCCUCCGCCUUCAUCGCAGCCACAGCGGUCUUCACAAGCGCCAUCGUCGCAGAACAGCACAAUCAGCUUUCCUAUUGUCAAGAAUGCGAACGACCCGGACACAGCACUUAGACUCAGCCAACGCGAUGACCUGUCGCGCAUUCCUCCGCGGAGCUCUCAGACGACUGCUAAGGACGUGUCUACAAGCUUCGACUCCAUCUCUUCCGCGACCAGCUCUAAGCCGCCUUCCAAGUCAACCCCAGCGCCUAUAAUUGAUUCGAAAUUGGCUGCGAACUAUGCCAUUGCCUUCAAUCUGCCACCGGAGGUGAACGUCUUCAUCUUUAGAGCUCGAGCUCCAUCGUGCGAACAGGUCGAACGGACAAUCACGCCUUCUGUGAUAUACCAGGAUGCGUACUAUAGUAACGAGAAGGACGUUCCGGAACGGCCGAGAGAGUAUGCUGGGCAGGAGUUCAGACUUGAAAGUACCACGGUCCCUUUCCUGCCGGAGUUCGACAAGUCGGGGCAGCAACUACCGAACAAGACGGUUGGUUCCGACAAAGCGAAGCAGACAUUAGCAGAGCAACGACGACGCCGGCAGUGUACGCUUCGACAUUGGGAGAUCAUGGCACCGCCACCCACCUUUGACGAAGUUCAGCAGUGGCUCCACUCAGAAGGCGGCAACGAGCCGAGCGACCUGGACAAGCUCGAAGUCGACGGACCUCCGGCAGCCACACAAGUCAAGCGGAAGAAUCGUCCGGCACCUGAGCUGUCGCAGAUCGACGGCCCAACGCAGAAGAACAAGCACGGCUUCAAGUUCUCCCAGCACAAGAAGAGCACGAGUGUGCAGCAUGAGACUGGCUACAUGAGCACCAUGGCACUAGAAGUCCAUGUCAACACCAGAGGUGACUUUGCUCCGGAUCCUGAGAAGGACGAGGUGAAUCUGGUCUUCUGGUGCAUCGCUGAUGAGCAGCUCGACGAGGAUCUGAGAAUGGGUGUCGUCGUCUUGAGCAAAGACGGAGGCGACACUCUUCCGGAACGCAUACGACGCAUGGUCGGCAACGACGUCCAAGUCGAUGCAGAAGAGACUGAAAUUGACCUCAUCAACCGCAUGGUCGACAUCGUCCGCGAACACGACCCAGACAUCCUCGCCGGCUUCGAAGUCCACAAUAGCAGCUGGGGCUACCUCAUCGAGCGCGCGCGGCUGGUGCACGAGUUCAACCUACCCGAUGAGUUCUCGCGGAUGAAAUCACAAUCGCACGGCCGGUUCGGCAAGGAUGCUGAUCGCUGGGGUUUCACACAUACCUCUACCGUGCGCAUUACUGGAAGACACACGAUCAAUAUCUGGCGAGCGAUGCGGUCGGAGUUGAAUCUGCUGCAGUAUACCAUGGAGAAUGUGGUGUUUCAUCUGCUGCAUCGACGGAUACCGCAUUAUUCGUUUGCCACGCUGACGAAGUGGUUUAAUAGCGAGAGGCCAAGAGAUCUGGCCAAGGUGGUUGAUUAUCAUAUGACGCGGACGAGAUUGGAUAUGGAGAUCCUGGACGCCAAUGAGCUGAUUCCGCGUACCUCGGAGCAGGCUCGUCUGCUUGGUGUGGACUUCUUCAGCGUCUUCUCGCGGGGCUCGCAGUUCAAAGUCGAAUCACUCAUGUUCCGGAUCGCCAAGCCGGAGUCUUUCGUGCUUGUCUCGCCGUCUAGGAAGCAAGUCGGAGCCCAGAAUGCACUGGAGUGCCUGCCGCUGGUCAUGGAGCCUCAGAGCGCUUUCUACAACAGCCCACUGCUGGUCCUGGACUUCCAAAGCUUGUACCCAAGCGUCAUGAUCGCUUACAACUACUGCUACUCAACGUGCCUAGGCCGCAUCGUCAACUGGCGUGGCACGAACAAGCUGGGCUUCGCUGACUUCAAGCGCACGCCUGGCCUGCUGGAGCUGGUGCAGGAUAAGCUCAACAUUGCGCCGAACGGCAUGAUAUAUGUCAAGCCGGAGAUGCGGAAGUCGCUGCUGGCGAAGAUGCUGGGCGAGAUCCUCGAGACUCGCGUGAUGGUGAAGUCCGGCAUGAAGGUCGACAAGGACGACAAAACCCUCCAGCAACUCCUGAACAACAGACAACUCGCCCUCAAACUCAUCGCUAACGUCACCUACGGCUACACCUCCGCCUCCUUCUCCGGCCGCAUGCCCUGCUCCGAAAUCGCCGACAGCAUCGUGCAGACGGGCCGCGAGACGCUCGAGAAGACCAUCGCCUUCAUCCACUCCGUCGAGCGCUGGGGCGCUGAGGUCGUCUACGGCGACACCGACAGCCUGUUUGUUUACCUCAAAGGCCGGACGCGCGCCGACGCUUUCAAAAUCGGCGACGAGAUCGCCAAAGCCGUCACGGACAUGAACCCGCGCCCCGUCAAACUCAAGUUUGAGAAAGUGUACCACCCCUGCGUUCUGCUAGCGAAGAAACGCUACGUCGGCUUCAAGUACGAGUCUCCCAACCAGACAGAGCCGGAGUUUGACGCGAAGGGCAUUGAGACAGUGAGAAGGGACGGCACGCCCGCGGAGCAGAAGAUCGAAGAAAAAGCCCUCAAACUCCUCUUCCGCACCAGCGACCUCAGCGCCGUGAAGCAUUAUUUUCAGCAGCAGUGCACGAAAAUCAUGACCGGCCGCUUCAGCGUGCAGGAUUUCUGCUUCGCCAAAGAAGUCAAGCUCGGAACUUACUCUGACAAAGGCGUCGCGCCGCCGGGUGCACUCAUCGCUACGAAGCGCAUGCUCAAGGACCCGCGUAUGGAGCCGCAGUACGGGGAGCGCGUGCCUUAUGUUGUGAUUGCUGGGGGCCCGGGGGCGAAGCUAUGGGAGAGAUGUGUGGAGCCUGAGAGGCUGGUUCAUGAUGAGUUUGCGGAGUUGGACGCGGAGUAUUAUAUUAGUAAGAAUCUCAUCCCGCCGCUGGAGAGGAUUUUCAAUCUGGUGGGCGCGAACGUCCGGCAGUGGUAUGAUGAGAUGCCCAAGGUGCAGCGGAUUCGGAACAUCGUUGGAGCACGAGAAGGCGAGGUCGGGGUCAAGAGUAGGAAGACGAUGGAGAGUUAUAUGGGCAGCUCGCUGUGCAUCGUCUGUCGGACUAAGCUACCACCUGUCCCGGCUGGCGGCGAGGCUGCGCAUCUUCCGCUCUGCGAUGCGUGUCGAACGGUUAAGAGUCAGCAGACGCUGCUCACGCUGCGACAGAAGUUGCAGAAAGCGGACAGGAGGAAGACGGAUUUAGAGCGGGUCUGCAGGAGUUGUGCGGGUUUGGCUUGGAGUGAGGAGGUGAGGUGCGAUUCGAGGGAUUGUCCGGUGUUUUAUAGUCGGGUGAAGGCGGGGACGCGGUUAAGGGUUGCGAGGGAGGGGGUGGGUAGGGUUUUGGGGGCUUUGGAGACUGAGGUCGGGAUGAAGGCGGAGCUGGAAUGGUAA